AUGCUCCUCUGCUCUGCCCGCCUCGUCCUGUCCUGCACUCCUGCAACCCGCGGGCACGCGACUCACCUCGCCGAACCCUGGGCCCGCAAGCUCGCCGACGGCUUUCACGCCUGCACACAGUCGACGUGUCCCACCUUGAACGACGCCGACGAGCCAUCCUCACGCAUCCCCGGUGAUGCCACUCUUGUCGCGGCAGACGUCGGCUACGGGGAGACGCACGAUCCGCCCUCGUCACAGGCACAAUACUCGUCGCCUUCCGCGCUAGGCGUGGCCGUCCGGCGACCUAGCAACGGCCCUCGAUGGUCCAGCGUCGUGGACAACGUGAGUACCGUCCACACUUACCUACCGCGCUCGUCACCGCCCGGGUAA